CUUAUUUGGCAUGGCAUACUUGAACUUCAGCCAGUGACUUGCAAAUCUUACUUUGGUUUUCAAUUGGUUGGAUUUAAUCUAUAAGAUUGUGCAACCAAACCCAGUAGCUGCAAUGGCCUUGAUAGGCAUCUAUGAGAUUGUGUUAGCCUUCGUUUGUUUUGCAAUUGGCUGCUGGUUGAGCAACCGCACUGAGAUCCAAAGUAACUGGCCUGUGGUGGGUAUGCUUCCUUCUCUGUUGGCCAAUGUCUAUCGGCUUCAUGACUGGACCCUGGGCUUAGUAGAAAAAAGUGGUGGCACUUUCCACUUUAAGGGUCCAUGGUUUAUUAACAUGGACAUUGUCGGCACUGUUGAUCCAGCCAAUGUAAAGCACAUGAUGAGCGUCAACUUCACCAAUUACCCUAAAGGUUCUGAAUACAAAGAAAUGUUUGAUAUAUUUGGAGAUGGGAUUUUCAAUACUGAUUCUGAGUUAUGGAGGACUCAGAGAAAAGCUGCUGUUGCAUUGAUCAAUCAUGAACGGUUUCGCCAGUUUCUGAACAAGGUCUUAAGAGCUAAGGUGCAAAAAGGGUUGAUCCCAGUCCUUGAGCAUGUCUCCAAGCAAGGUCUAACAGUGGACAUCCAGGAUUUGUUUCACAGGUUCUCGUUGGACAUUACAACGAAAUUGGUUACAGGAUUCGACCGAGAAUCCCUCUCUAUCGAAUUAUCUGACGAUGAGGUUGCUGUUGCCCUGGAUAAUGCGGAAGAAGUUAUAUUUUAUAGGCAUGUUAGGCCAAAAAUGUUUUGGAAGUUGCAAAGAUGGCUAGGGCUUGGGGUAGAGAAGAAAAUGAAAAUAGCUUGGGAAACGAUGGAUCGUGCAGCAGCUAAAUAUAUAGCAAGGAGAAGGCAGCAACUCAUGGAAGAAGAGGUGGCAGAAGAUGAGUUUGAUCUGAUGGGAUCGUACAUCAAGUAUAAUGUCGGGCAACAACUAUUCAGGGGAUCGAAAUCGGACGACGAGUUUCUGAGAGACACCAUAUUCAGUUUUCUAGUGGCCGGACGAGAAAAUUCCCUGGCUUGGUUCUUUUGGCUCUUGUCAGAGAAUCCACAAGCGGAGGCCAAGAUUAGAGAAGAGCUGAACUCCUUAUUACCAGAAAACAAAGUGCAUGAAGGGCCACAGCUCUUUGACUUGGAAAAGCUGAACAAGUUGCUGUAUUUGCAUGGGGCAUUAUGUGAAACAUUAAGGCUCUAUCCACCAGUUAUGUUUGAGCAUAAGGAACCUCUGCAACCAGACAUCCUUCCAAGUGGGCACCAUGUUGAUCCAAGGAUGAAAAUCUUAGUUUCAACAUAUCUGAUGGGUAGAAUGAAAUCUAUAUGGGGAGAAGACUGCCUAGAGUUCAAGCCAGAAAGAUGGAUCUCCAAGGCAGAUGGGAGAUUAGUACAGCACCCUCCACAUAAGUUCAUGGCCUUUAAUGCAGGGCCAAGGACUUGCCUGGGGAAGGAUAUUGCUCUGCUUGUAAUGAAGAUAGUUGCAGCUAUUUUGCUCCAGAAUUACAAUGUUGAGGUGGUGAAAGAACAUCCCGUGGCUCCCAAUUGUGCUUCUAUUAUCCUUCAUAUUAAGCAUGGAUUAAUGGCUAGGAUUAGCAGAAGGUGGACUUCAAAUUAGUUACUACAUUCUCUCAUUUCCUGUUGUUUGCUGUUUGCAAUAGAAUAAUCUUGUUGCAUUUCUAGCAGCUCAACCAAUAAGUCUUACUGUGUCUAAGCUUUGUGCAUCUUUACAUAUAUUUUACAUAAAAUAUUAUUUCCUUGCAUAA